CUCUGUAAACGACAGCAAUGUGCUUCCUCUGUGUAUUGUGUCAUAAGGCAGAGUAUGAUUCUGAAUCCAAGAUUUCCCCGCUAGCAUAAGGAGACGUUGAGCUUUGUAUGUCCAUGAUGAAGAAUGGUCUGUCUCUGUCGGUGGUCCUUCUAAGCACUGCAGUCCUGUCAGCUCUGAGAUCUGCUCACUUGCAGCACAUUGCAGAAGAAGCAUGCUCUGUGCAGAUUAUGGUGCCAGGCCUCAAAGGUGACGUUGGUGAAAAAGGGGAGAAAGGUGCACCAGGAAGACCAGGUCGAGUUGGCCCCCCUGGAGAGAAAGGGAAUGUUGGAGACAAAGGAACAAAGGGAGAGAUGGGUCGCCAUGGAAAAAUAGGUCCAGCUGGUUUAAAAGGAGCAAAAGGAGACAUUGGAGAACAAGGACCCCCUGGUCCAGCUGGAGAAACAGGGACACCCUGUGAAUGUGGUCAAAUGAGGAAGCGUAUUGGCGAGAUGGACAUCAUGGUGGCACAACUGACAAAUGAACUAAACUUUAUAAAAUAUGCACUGCCCUCCCCCGCAGUUGUUGCUGGUACGAAAGAAACCGAUCACAAGAGAUACGUGCUACAGAGGGAAGAGAAGCAGUACACUGAUGCCCAGGCUUACUGUCAAGCAAAAGGAGGAACACUGGCCAUGCCCAAGGAUGAAGUAGCCAACAGAAUGAUUGCUUCCUGUAUUUCUGAUGCUGGUCUUACAAGAGCAUUCAUUGGGAUCAAUGAUUUGGAGAAGGAAGGCAGCUUUGUGUAUUCAGAUCAAUCACCUCUACAGACUUUUAACAAAUGGCGGAGUGGAGAGCCUAACAAUGCCUAUGAUGAGGAAGACUGUGCCGAAAUGGUGGCUUCUGGUGGAUGGACUGAUGUUGCCUGUCAUAUUACCAUGUACUUUGUUUGUGAGUUUGACAAAGAAACAAUAUGAAUUUGAUACACCACUCUGAUCCUUACUAGCUUGUAAACUACCAUAAAUAGCAACUGAGGAAUUAAAUACUGUAUAGUUUUAAACAAAAGGCAGUAUUAUUGUUAGGAGGCUUAUAUUUUAUACUGAAACAGAAUCAAUUACAUUAAGCAUACUAUUAUUUUUUUAAAGAAACAUUAGGUUUCAUAGUAAAGAAAUAAGCUAAAUUAAUUUUUAAAAAUAUGUGAACACGUCAUGUCAUAUCAAUGUGCUAAGCUAACUUAUUUUAUUUUACUUUACUGAAAAAUAGUUGAUUUCCAAUAACAGCUCAUAUGCUUUACCAAAGGAAAUAUUUUUGGUAGUUUGGUGUUAUGUAAUCACAAAAUGAUGUAAAUUAUCGCAUUAUAUCACUGACCAGUGUCACUGCCCUCUAAGCUGUAACCUGUGGCAAGUGAAAUGCUCUUAUCCAGAUGAUUUGUGGAGAAUUAACUGAAAAUCAAAAAAAAAAAGCAGCAAAACACUGCUCUUACCUUUCUGUGAUCAUGUACUGUUUCCUAAAGUUGUUUCCAGUAUUUUAAUUGUAUUUAUUUCCAUACUGAAUGUUUUGCUGUCAGGGUGUAUACAUUUCCCUGUAUAUUAUAGAAAUAAUCCAAUAGUACUCAUCUACUCCCUGUAUUAUUAUUUCAUUAGUUUAUCUGUAAUUAAAAUACAUUUUGAUUACCUAUGCAAGUUGGCACAAAAAUAGACUUUCAUUUAACACCAAAUGAUUAUAGGAAUAUAUAUUUAACUCUUUUCAUUUUGUACCAGAGCUGAUAUUUAAAUUCUGUAACAGAAUCACAAUAAACUGUUCCACCUUGCAGUUAACUAACUGUAGCCCCUUUGAAAGUUUCUUUCAUAUAUAUCCAAUAUAUCUUUGAGAUGAGUUUAUUUAAAUGUUAUUAUUCCUUGUAUGAAAUAACUUGCCAUUACUGUGCACUGAUAAAUAAUAACUUACUUAUAAAUGUGCAGGGCAAAACAACUUUCUGCCUUCCAUAUUUAAAGUGAGGAAAGGUCAUGCAUAGCACUAUGAUUUUUGUUUUAAUGUUAUCCUUCUUUCCAAAAAAGGCUUCAUUUCCACAAAGAGUCAGUCAUUGUAUCUUGGUAAGAGAAUGAAGUGGAAGUUGGCAGAAAGCAGUGUAUCGAAAUUAGGUCAAGUACAUUACGAGUGUUUUAACACAUUUUUUCUCAGGUGCUGUCUGUGUUAUUGUCAAGAAUUAAUGUCUAAUUAGUUGUACAUCAACUUACCUCCUGAUAAAACUGUUUUACUGCCAAAGCCUGACCUGUAUGUGUUACCAAAUAAAACUAAUUACAGAAAAUGUGUC